AUGACGGAAAUUCGAGACCAAUCGAUUCCACGCGAAGAACGGGUCCUGCUCGCCGUCAAGGCCUAUCAGCAAGGCCAAUUCGACAGUACCCACAAGGCCGCAACGGCAUAUGAUAUCCCUCACUCGACAGUAUCUGGUCGACUGCGCGGUGCCCGCCCCCGACGCGAUGCGCAGAUGAACAACCGGAAGUUGACGGCGACGGAAGAGACUGCCUCGUACAAUGGGUCUUGUCGAUGGACGAGCGAGGAUGCCGCCGACAGUGGUCUACACUCGCCGCAUGGCCAACUUGUUGCUCUCUGA